AUAUUGUGUUGUUAUCGUUUCAACUUUGGCCCGCCGAGAGGAAGCCGACCAAAAGCCGUCGAACUCUACACACUUGCGCCGUACGACGUUUCGUUUUGUUUGUAACGUAGACCAGCGCGAUUUGCAGCGUCCAACUGCCGCCGCAAUCGUUUCCGGGCCGUUCGCGUCGAAUCGGUUUACGCGCGGCGCAAUAUAGCGGGCAGGAGGCACGGGUACCCGGUGCCAUUGUAGUCUGGUCGGAAAGCAACCCGUCCCGGAACCGUCGGCGCGUCACCGCCGUCGCCGUCGUUAUGAGAUGCAUUCGACAUAAACUCGGAGGUAAAAACGUUAUCGCGAUACAAAUACUAAUUAAAUAAACAGGUGCCCAAUGUGUACGAAAUUGUAAUGUGAAAGGCUCCCCCCCGCACGGUGGACCGCGAUAAAAAAAACUACGGCUUUUUCCGUCGUCGCGUCAAUGGGACACGUCCCCUUCACGCCCGGAGUGUGUGUGGACAAGCACAUGUUCCCUUUAUUUUUCGAUCUAAACGCCAUGAGUGUACCAAUGUACUUGCAAACAUUUAAUUUGCUUGCAAGAUAUUUAUAGAUAUUGUAAUAAUUACUUAACCUAUUGGAAGACCUAGGGUUUUCAACCCUUGAAAAUUUGCUUAAAAAUAAACUUCAGUUUAUAAACUAAAUUUUAUUAAUGAAUUAUAUCCCGUACGUAUAUCCUGUACGAACGAAUGAUAAAUACAUGAAAUGUAUUGAAAACCCUACCGGUUUUAAUUCAACAUAUUGAGACAUUUAAUAAUUUAUAGGUGACACCAUUAAACACUAUGGAACGUCGAAUCCGUCGCCGAUAUUACCUCCGAUCGACUUCAAGCCAUUACCGUACAGAGUAAAGUACCUAUAUAUAAUCAUAAUUUUUUUUUUAAAUAAUAUGCCGUUGUUGAAGUUUUAUAUUACGUCCGGUGGUAUGCGCAAGGAGUGGAACCCGGGGUCGAUAUCCCUACCCCCUAUAUAUUGGCUUGAAAAUGCAAUACAGAUAUUGAGGUACAUAAUAUGAACGUAACAACCAAAAUUUAUUUUUCGAUUAUUAGCCCAUAAUGGUCAACUUUUAAAGUAUCUAGUAGAACGACGUGUCUCCAAUGAUACUGGAUGGACAUCAUUUUUUUUUUCACAUUAAACGUAUCAACAAUAACAAAAAAAUAAAGUAUUAAUAUUAAACAAGCGUAUUCUAUUUUACGUCUGUUUAAUGUUUUAAUUUAGGAAUUGGUUGAUACGUUCUUUAAUUUCUCGAAUAUGUAUUUAAUAAUUGUUGAAAUGCAUAACUUAGCAGCUAAGUUAUAAGGAGAAGCUUGAUUUAUUGAAUACAAAUUUACUUUUUGGAUCCGACUUUGAAAUUCCAGUCUAAGACAUUUCCCACCAGUGGCGUACUAAUAGGGUGGCAUAACGGGCAAUGAGCCACGGGCGUAUAGAGACAGUUCUCUGUAUAACAUACAGAGAACUGAAAUUCUCACAGAGUAUACAUAAAUAAACAAUAUAUAUUUAACUUUUCUAAACGUAGUACAAUUUUCAAAACAAUCUGGUUGUAUACAUUUUUAUUUGGUUUUAGGUGGAUAAAAUUCUGCGAGAUAAUGUGAAUUUUUAAUUAUCAAAAAUACUUGAAAAUUUGAUACAAGGUUCAUGCAAAAAAAAAAAAAACCACAUAGCCGUGAAAGUCAAUUUUUAAAUGAGCACAUGAAAUAAUAACUGUUGGAUUUGUUUUCUACAGGGCCCGUCUUACGAAAAAGCGCAAUCCAUGCAAUCGAACAACGUGUUUCCCCAGCGGCAAAUGUACGACGAACCUUUGCUACUUCACCAGGGUAAAAUGCAAUGGCUGUUCGAUCACACGGGCAAACGGUAUUUAGAUAUGUUUGGGGGCAUAGCGACCGUUAGCGUAGGUCACUGUCAUCCGUUAGUAUAAAAUAUAUAAAUAACCGACGACCGAGACAUUAAUAUCAUCGGGGAAAAACAAAAAUUACAUUUUUCAGACGUGUGAAAGAAGCGAUCGCUAGACAGACGGGUAUUUUGAGUCACGUGUCCGGCGUGUACGAGCAUCCGAAAAUGUACGAAUACGUGGAAAAGUUGGUGUCGAAAAUGCCCGGUGAACUGAAAGUAAGCCUUCUGCACGGAAAGUAACGUCAUAAUAUUAUUGCGUUCGGCCGUCAAAUUGUCUAAAUAAUUCCACAUCGUCGUCCGAUUUUCAACUUUACUGGAUGUUACAAUCAUGUGGUACUACGCGCAUACAUUGCGGACUUUUCCGUCUUUAGUCUUCCAGGCCGGUUCCACGCAGGGAUCCGUAUCCAUUUUUUACCCGCAGCACAUCGUGACUUGAAAAUGUUAAGUUUAACACACGGUUCGUAAUUUUCAGACCGUGUAUUUGGUCAACAGCGGCUCCGAAGCCAACGAAUUGGCGUUGCAGUUGGCUUGGUUGCACACCGGCAACCAAGACGUGAUAUCCAUCCAGAACUGUUAUCACGGCGUGUCCGGUAAUCUGCACGGGCUCUCCGGCCUGUCGGCGGCCAGGUUCAACAACAUGCCGGCCGGCCAUUCGCACCAUCACGCCAUGUGCCCGGACGUGUUCAAAGGGAUCUGGGGCGGCAAGUCGUGCAGAGACUCGCCGGUGCAGGCCCAGAGAUCGUGCGAGUGCGCGCAGGGCCACUGCGAGGCCGCCGACAAGUAUUACGGGCAGCUGGAAGACCUGUUCGCGUACACGAUACCCCGGGGCGGCGUGGCCGGUUUUUUCGCCGAAUCUAUUCAGGUACGACGGCGUUGUUAUGAGCACCUGAACCUAAGCAUGUAAAUAAAAUGACACGUUCUGUCGGAACACGCCCUCGCCGGCAAACCCAGUACCCAUGUCUAUUAUAAUGUCGAGCGUACGUGUCUUCGGUGCAGGGCGUCGGCGGUGUCGUUCAGUUUCCGAAGGGUUACCUGAAAAAAGUCUACGAGCUGAUCAGAAGCAACGGCGGCUUGUGCAUCGCGGACGAAGUGCAGACUGGCUUCGGCAGGACCGGCGAACAUUUUUGGAACUUCCAGUCGCACGGCGUCACGCCGGACAUCGUCACGAUGGCCAAAGGCAUAGGGAACGGGUUCCCGAUGGCUGCCGUCGUGACGACACCGGCGAUCGCCCAGUCUCUGCAAUCGGCGUUCCACUUUAACACGUUUGGCGGCAAUCCGAUCGCGUGUGCCGCCGGUCAGGCGGUAUUGGAGGUAGGUACACGACCGCGCUCAGUGUUCCCAUAGGUUUACGGGCACGUGUCAUUUCGUGUUGUAAUUGAAAUUAGUGGAAAUCAACGCUCCCCCCCCCCGAAAUUCGAUUUUUGUGUUCCAAAACAUUAUCAUUCCAUUCCAAAUACUAUUUAUUAUUAUUCUCGGUAAAGCAAUUAAUUAGCACUGAUUUUUAAUAUUUGAGUAUUAAAAACGUUGACGAUCUCGUCCUGCAUACCGAAAGUGGGUGCUGCCAAAACAUGUUGGUAAAUUCUCGGUGCCGGCUUAUAUAGGUGAUCGACGAGGAGGGUUUACAGCAAAACUGUCAAGACGUAGGCACGUAUUUCCUAGACAAACUGAACGGUAUGAGACGUGAAUGGAAGAUAAUCGGCGAUGUACGCGGUAAAGGACUAAUGAUCGGCGUGGAAUUGGUGGACGGUGACCCGCAGGACGAAAACGAUGCAGCGAGUCCGUUAAAUUCUCGAGCGGUUUCUCGCAUCAAAAACGAUUGUCUUAAAAUGGGCCUUUUGAUCGGAGUCGGAGGCCCUCGAUUAAACGUAAGUACCUGUGUAAUGUUACACUGCACAGAUGUAUUGAUUUGAUAUUGACAAACACAAAUGCUCUAGACUCUAGAGCAUGUGAGUAGUUUCUAGAGUUUAGAGACUACUCACUGGUUGCAGCACAAAAAACAUGUGAUUUGUAUUAGAUGUACCAAAUUGAUUUAUUUAUUAUUUAAGUAUUUUUUAUUGAACUAUAUUAUUGUGACUACUGUUGUUGGCAUUUCAACCUGACCGGACUCGGAAAGAAGAAGACUGAGAUAUAAACUGAUUAAUUAUUUCUCGUAAACGCAGUGGCGCCGAAGCAGUAUUAAAAUAACCCACCAACUACCUAGAAAAAAAUUCAUGGACUCAUAGAUGGCUUUCUGUUAGAAAAGUUUGCACAACAAGUCGAGGGGUAUUUUUCGAUUGAAAUAUUCCGAGCAAGCGAUGGCUUGGUCUCUAGAUACACCUAAAAUGCCUUUGUUUUUCCCUGUUUAAGUAAAAGGCAAAAAAUAAAUGCGAACAUUUUUUUUCUGAACAAGAGUUUGAACUCGCGAUCUCUAGGAUGACAAUAGGUAGGUAGCAUCACUAGACUACAACAUUCAUGACAAUAUAAAGUUAUUUAAUAUAACAUGAUAAUAUUCGCAUAUCAGAACUUCAAAAAGCUAGAAUUUUGAAAUUAAGUCGGAGUCCGCUCAAUUCUGACUUCACCAUCGUUUUCAAAUCGACAAAAUAUAUAUGCUCAAAACAAAAGAUUAAAAAAUUAGAUUUGUUCCACAUAAUCUUUUAUUCAAAUUGUUUUCGUCAAAAUUUGAUAUUAAAAUAACUUUAUAAAAAUAAAAAUACUACAUUAAGCUCAUGCUUUUUUUUUACCACAAAUUAAGACUUUUAAUGAACUUACUGUUAAAUUUUCAAGUAUUUCUGUGAUGUCUUAACAGUUUUAUCACAGAGUACAUACAAAAUAAAAAUUACGUGAAAACUCACAAAAUUAAAAUAUCUAUGAUUAGCUUAAAAGUUUUGAAAAUUUUACCACGUCUAGAAAAGGGAAUUAUGUUUUCUGUUCAAAUUCCAAAUCUACAAAUAUUUCUAACUGAAUUACAACAUAUAACAAAAAUGAAAAACUAAUAAAAGUAUUAUUUUUGUAAAUUUCCUGUUUUUUUUUAUGUUUUAUACAGGGUUUUUUCCAAAAUAUUAUGAAAACCGGUUGGAAAAUCAAAAAAUUACCUCCCGAAUGGACAAAAUUUCCUUUUAGAAAUGGUGCUGCGCUUGCGCGUAUAUAUCGAAGCAAGAUUUUUGGUAUAAUUUUUAUACACAGUAUAAAAAAAGAAAAAGUUAAGAUAUUUUUAUAAAACCAAUACAUUCUUCGCUACACUUAAAAUCUAAUAAUUAGACAAUUUAGUAUAUUAAUUUUAGAUGCAGAGUGUAUUGAGGGAUUUAUUGGUUUUACUAUGAUAUGUAUGUUUUUUCUUCGGUCUUUAAACAACUUGUCGAAAACAAAUCUUGCUCCACGACGUAUAGAGUGUAUUUCUUUUUCUAAAAAGCUAACUGAAUUAAUUGAUUAUUAUGUUACGAAACAAUAAUAUAUCCAUUAUAAGUAUUGCAUAAUAUUAACUGUAACCGUUAAAAUGGCUAUUACCAACACCACCACCCCAAAAAUUUGGUUGACAAUCACCUGACUCAUACCCCAUGUUCGGCGCCACUGCGUAAAUGUUUAUCUACAUAAAAUAUUGAAAUUUAAUUCAUAGUAGGUAAUAAAUACAUUACAGUGAUUUCAUUUAAAUUGACGGGUGUAGAAUUUAUAAUUAUUUUAUAGAAGUUAUUUCAUUCUUUAAGAUAGAUACAAUAUUAUUCACGAUUGAAAAUAUUUUGUUUGUAAUAAUUAUUUAAAACAAUAAUUUAAUACAAAAUAAGCACAAAUAUUAAAAUUCCAUUGUUUGUGUGUGUGUGAAUAUAUUUCAGGUACUCCGGUUCAUGCCUCCCAUGUGUGUGACAAAAGACGAUGUGGAUUUCACUGUUGCAGUAUUGAGACGAACCAUGCAAAACUUUUUCGAAGCAAAAUACCAAAAUAAUCUUUAAAUAAGUAUAUAAUUUCAUUUAUGGAAAAAAAAAAAAUUACUGAUAUAAAUAUUUUAAAUAUUAAUAACAUGCUUUCAAAAACUUAUAAACAAUUUAUAUAAACUAUUGUAUUUUAUUAUUAAAACAUUAUAUAUACAAGAUUAAAGAAAUAUAAUAUUAUGGCCUUCGAUUUUAUAUUUAAUGAUGAUAUGGCCUAUUUUAUAGACUAAAACCAUAUUAUAACAAUAUUAUCUUUAAUAUUACAAUACACAUUCUCCUUCGUGGUUAUAGCACCAUUCUGGCAUAAACGCGUCUACUUGAACUCCAAGUGUAAUCAGUCGAUUGUGAUGUUGUAAAAGUCUAAAAUAAAAUACAAAUAUUAAUAUCAUUAAACUAAUUAAAUAGAGUUCUAAAAAUUUGGAAA